AUGAGCCAGCAGUGUGCCCAGGUGACAAACAGCAUGUUUGGUGCUUCAAGGAAGAAGUUUGUAGAGGGGGUUGAUGGUGACUACCAUGAUGAGAACAUGUACUACAGCCAAUCAUCGAUGUUCCCACAUCGGUCAGAAAAAGAUAUGCUGGCAUCACCAUCAACAUCAGGUCAGCUGUCUCAGUUUGGGGCAAGUUUAUACGGGCAACAAAGUGCACUAGGCCUUCCAAUGAGGGGGAUGAGCAACAAUACCCCUCAGUUAAAUCGCAGCUUAUCACAAGGCACUCAGUUACCGAGCCACGUAACGCCAACAACAGGGGUACCAACAAUGUCACUUCACACGCCUCCAUCUCCGAGCAGGGGGAUAUUGCCUAUGAAUCCUAGGAAUAUGAUGAACCACUCCCAGGUUGGUCAGGGCAUUGGAAUUCCCAGCAGGACAAACAGCAUGAGCAGUUCAGGGUUAGGCAGCCCCAACAGAAGCUCUCCAAGCAUAAUAUGUAUGCCAAAGCAGCAACCCUCUCGACAACCUUUUACUGUGAACAGUAUGUCUGGAUUUGGGAUGAACAGAAAUCAGGCAUUUGGAAUGAAUAACUCCUUAUCGAGUAAUAUUUUUAAUGGAACAGAUGGAAGUGAAAAUGUGACAGGACUGGACCUCUCAGAUUUUCCAGCACUAGCAGACAGAAACAGAAGGGAAGGAAGUGGCAAUCCAACUCCAUUAAUAAACCCUUUAGCUGGAAGGGCACCCUAUGUGGGGAUGGUAACAAAACCAGCAAGUGAGCAGUCCCAGGACUUUUCAAUACACAAUGAAGACUUUCCAGCAUUACCAGGCUCCAGCUACAAAGACCCAACAUCGAGUAAUGAUGACAACAAAUCCAAUUUGAGUACGUCAGGCAAAACAUCAUCCAGCACAGAUGGGCCCAAGUUUCCUGGAGACAAAAGUUCAACUACGCAAAACAACAACCAGCAGAAAAAAGGGAUCCAGGUGUUACCUGAUGGUCGGGUUACCAACAUUCCUCAAGGGAUGGUGACGGACCAGUUUGGGAUGAUCGGCUUGUUAACAUUCAUCAGGGCAGCAGAGACAGAUCCAGGAAUGGUACAUCUUGCAUUAGGAAGUGAUUUAACAACACUAGGUCUCAAUCUCAACUCUCCUGAAAAUCUUUACCCCAAAUUUGCAUCACCCUGGGCAUCAUCACCAUGUCGACCUCAAGACAUAGACUUCCAUGUUCCAUCUGAAUACUUAACUAACAUUCACAUUAGGGAUAAGCUGGCUGCAAUAAAACUUGGCCGAUAUGGAGAAGAUCUCCUGUUUUAUCUCUAUUACAUGAAUGGAGGAGAUGUAUUACAGCUAUUAGCAGCAGUAGAGCUAUUUAACCGGGAUUGGAGAUACCACAAAGAAGAACGAGUAUGGAUCACCAGGGCACCCGGCAUGGAGCCAACGAUGAAAACCAACACCUACGAGAGGGGAACAUAUUACUUCUUUGACUGUCUUAACUGGAGGAAAGUAGCUAAGGAGUUCCAUCUGGAAUAUGACAAAUUAGAAGAAAGGCCUCAUCUGCCAUCAACCUUCAACUACAACCCUGCUCAGCAAGCCUUCUAAAGACUUCCCUUUUCUUGGGGUAUGGCUGUCUCAGCACAAUACUCAACAUAACUGCAGAACUGAUGUGGCUCAGGCAUCCUGGUUUUAAUUCCUUGAGGAUCUGGCAAUUGGCUCAUUGGAAGGGGUCACCAUUUGAGGUCCUGCCUUACUAAUUAUGUGCUGCCCAACAACUAAAUUUGUAAUUGUUUUUCUUUAGUUUGAGCAGGG